AUGGACAGGUGGGCAGACGGGCAGGCGCGGCAGGUGGGUAGGCGAACAGCGAGGGCAGGUGGACUGACGGGGCAGAUGGACAGGUGGGCACACGGGCAGGCGGCAGGUGGGGAGUGGGUAGGCGAACAGGAGGGCAGGCGCCUGACGGGUAGAUGGACUGACAGGCAGAUGGACAGGUGGACAGACGGGCAGCGGCAGCCACCAUCCACUCGCGCCGCGGGGUCUGGGGGCGCUGUCGAGGGACGCGCGCCGGCCGCGGUGAUGUCAGGUGAAAGAGAAAGCGAGCGGCUGGCAGGCGCUGGCAGGCCCUGGCUGGCCCGGGCCCACCCGCAGAGCCAGCCGCUGGCCAGCCGGCUGCCAGCACAGCAGCGGUCAGUGUCUUUACCAGCACGCCACCAGAUCGCGAGCCGUCCGCUUCAAUGGCCGCAACAGCGGCGCUCUCGCCCGCCCUCGCCGCGCACCCCGUCCGCACUCGUCGCCGUCACCUCCGGUUGCAUCACCGUCUUCUACCACUCCCACCUCUUCCUCAUACGUCACCACCACCCCGUCACCACCGCGACCGCCUCGUCCUCCUCCGUUUCCACAUCCAUCACCACCCCAUUAGUCUUCUCACGCACCGCGCUCCACACGGCGUUUCCUGGCACCUACCGCCACCGCUGCCAACUCCAUCUUGUCCGCCGCUGCCGCCCCCUCCACGCUUCCGCGCCGCCCGUGGCGCGCCCUCGCGGAGGCUGCGCUGCGGCGCCACGCCACGCCACGCCACGCCACGCCACGCCACACCACGCCACGCCACACCACGCCACGAGGCCGCAGUGCGCUCCAGCCGCGCCGCCAGAGCGGAGUUCGACGCUGCGCGGCCCUCUCCCGCCCCGGCGCCAUGGCCCGCAAACUUCUCAAGUUCCUCAUCCUGUUCGACAACACGAACCUGCUGUACUUCCCAGGGCAAUUCCUCAGCGGACGCGUGCUCGUCGAACUGGAAGACGACACAUCGGCGUUGGGACACCAGUUGAUAAAGAAUCACUAGGCACCACUCAAAAAGAGCACGACAAUCCUGAGACAAGAACUUCAGGGCCACAUCUCGCGUGCAAACUAAGACAGGUGCAGCAAGGAGGCUUGUGGGCGCUAUGA